GUAGCCCUUUUGUGCAGGUUUCAGGCUUUGGUCUAAGAUUCCACGUUUGUGGAACUGAAAAAAUCAGAGAGAUGACAGAAACUUCUUCUUCUUCAACGACCAUCUCCAAAGACUUACCUUCAGAGCAUGUCUUAGCAGUCACAAGGUUUUUUGAAAGCGUAGGAAUCCAUGCCUCUCUCCCUCAAAACUCCACUUCUAAAGACUUUUAUUCCGAUCUCUUUCGCGAUCUCUUUAAAGCCGGCCAUGUCCAACGUGGCCAUGUCUCCUGUAUCGUCCCUGUCUUGCCCGUUGUUGGCAAUUACUAUAAUGGGCUACAUGGAGGCGCUGUUGGGGCUAUAGCAGAGAGAGCGUCCAUCGCUUGUGCUAGAACUGUUGUGGCUGAUGAUAAAAAACUUUUUCUUGGUGAAUUAAGCAUCUGUUACCUCUCUGCAGCAAAACUAAAUGAGGUGUUGCUGGUUGAAGGGUCCGUACUGAAGAGUGGAAGGAAUUUGACUGUAGUUGCAUCUGAAUUCAGAAUCAAGGAAACCAAGAAGUUGGUCUUUACUUCUCGUGCUACAUUCUAUCACAUGCCUGCUGCCAAGUUAUGAAAUUUCUGUGGUUUUACAUAUGAUCUUGUCUGUAACUCUUUGAAUGCUUUGCCUGUAACCAUGAAUAAAGUCUUUUCACUUGUUCAAUAAGAAUGAGAUACCCAUGGCUAUACUCUGAUGUCCUGUUGCAGAUAGCUGAUAGACUAUAUAUGUUUAUGUGCCUUUUCGUGGAGAGUUUGUUUAGACUCUAACAGGAAUGGAAUAAUGAUCAUUUCAAACUGAA